AUGUCUCUCUUUGGUGCUCCCGCUGCGGCGGCGACAACAGCCGGACAAACCAAUACCACUGGUGACAUUUCCAAAGAUGUCACACUCAACCAGCCCCCGGAGGAUAGUAUCUCGGAUAUGCGAUUCUCGCCCACCAGUGAACAUCUUGCUGUCGCGUCCUGGGACAACAAGGUCCGAAUCUAUGAGAUCAGCCCCACUGGCCAAAGUGAAGGAAAGGCGAUAUUGAACGCAGAUGCGCCUGUUUUGAAUUGUUGCUGGUCUCCGGAUGGAUCCAAAGUGGUCGGUGCAGGUGCAGACAACAUGGCCAAACUCCUCGAUCUCGGUUCCGGUACCACUACUCCCGUUGCGAAACACGAUGGUCCAAUUCGCGCCUGUCAUAUGUUCCCCAACCCACAAGGCGGGUCACCGCUCCUGGUGACAGGCUCAUGGGACAAAACUGUCAAAUAUUGGGAUUUGCGGCAACAAACCCCCAUCGCCAAUAUUGAUUGCCAGGAGCGCGUGUACACAAUGGAUGUUAAGAACAAGCUGCUGGUCAUCGGCACUGCUGAUCGCUACAUCAACAUCGUCAACCUCGACCAGCCAACCAAAUUCUACAAGACCAUGCAAUCCCCCCUCAAGUGGCAGACGCGGGUAGUCAGCUGCUUUGCUGAUGCUUCCGGAUUUGCCGUUGGCAGUAUUGAGGGCCGUUGUGCCAUCCAGUAUGUCGAGGAGAAAGAUUCCGCCUCCAACUUUUCCUUCAAGUGCCACCGUGAAACCCCAGCCAACAACCGCGACAUUUGCAACAUCUACUCCGUCAACUCCAUCUGCUUCCACCCCGUCCACGGAACCUUCAGCACUGCCGGUAGUGACGGCACCUUCCACUUCUGGGAUAAGGAUGCCAAGCAUCGUCUCAAGGGUUACCCGGCCGUUGGCGGUCCUAUCUCAAGCACCGCCUUUAGCCGUGAUGGAAAUAUCUUCGCUUACGCUGUCAGCUACGACUGGAGCAAGGGCUACUCGGCCAAUACCCAGCAGACUCCUAACAAGGUUAUGCUGCACCCCGUGGGGCCGGAGGAAACUAAGCCUCGACCAAACCCUCGGAAGCGGUGA